AUGUCGCAACCAUUUGUCCCAAUUGAUUUACACUGGCUAUCAGUAUCCCUCUACAUGACUGGGAAACUGUUAUCGUCGUUUUAUUUCUCUAUAACAUAUUUAUACACGUCGGAGCUGUUUCCUACGUACACAAGGAAUUCAAUGCACGCGCUUUGUUCUUCUUUAGGACGGAUCGGUUCAAUAACGGCACCGCAAACACCUUUACUGAUGUCGUACUGGUCGGGCAUACCGCCCUUGUUGUGUGGAGCUUUGUCGAUAGUAGCCGGCUUGCUAACACUACUGGUGCCCGACAUAUCUAAUGACGCCUUACCAGAUACGGUGAAACAGGCUGAACAGUUGGGGCAGAUGCCGGAGGCAGCUAUAGAGGUCUCCAGUGAGCAAUAUGAUGAGUCUCGGCUA